ACAAUGACGUCAUGAGGAAGCGAUCUCCUUCCUAGGUUGCUGCUGUCACCUUACAUUGUAGACGUUAACGUUACCUACCUUGUCAUCAAAAUGAAGGUCUUAGUUCUUACUUUUGGAAACGUGUGCUAAAUUAUGAUCAUUUUCUACAGUCAGUGCACCAAUUUUCAGGAAGUAGCCCACUGGCUUGUAAACCAGAUAGCUAGAGAGACUGCUAUUGUUGAAAAAGAGAACAUUAGCGUAGCUAGCUAGCAAGCAAGCCAGCUAGCUUUUAAAACCCCAUCCUUUUCUCAGCAUGUAUCAAUGAUCAUAGCAGAAUGUUUCGGAUAUCUGUCAGCUACAUUUUACUCUGCGGCCAAUUUGUAUUGCUUAUAACAGUCUUGCUGUUGCAAUGUCUGGACGGAAUCCACUCGCAUAAUUCAUCUGACACUCCUGGAAAUGGAGUUACGUUAUCAGCAACAACAGCCACAUAUGUCGACCAAGCCGACAACGUAACCAAUGCUACUGUAGUGGAACCUCCGAGUGAGUCGGAACCGUAUGAAUACAACGGGGAAUCACCAGUUGUCCUCUGUCGUUAUUUACCUGACGAGUUUGUGUUUUGUCAAGACCCCGUCGAUCACGCUGGUAAUUACACCGCACGUCAGGAACUUGGACAUGGAUGCGUUAAGUUUGGAGGCCAGGUGCACAAGGAUGUUAAUACUACUCCAGUGUGGUGCACCGCCUUGGAAGACAUUGAAUGUGCGGGACCAAGAGAGUUUCUGAGAGGAAAAGAACCAUGCAUCAAGUACACGGGACACUACUUCAUCACCACGCUGCUCUACUCCUUCUUCCUGGGCUGUUUCGGGGUCGACCGCUUCUGCCUCGGUCACACCGGCACAGCGGUCGGCAAGCUGCUCACCUUGGGCGGCCUUGGCAUCUGGUGGUUCGUCGACCUGAUUCUGCUGAUCACGGGAGGUCUGAUGCCAAGUGAUAGCAGCAACUGGUGCACCUUCUACUGACAUUGGGAAACUGACUCAACCCCAGGGUGGGUUUAGCAGGCAGAGCAGAAGCACUGUACAGAAAGCAGCCACUGCUUGGGUUGCACAGAAUGUUGAAACAUGUUUCUGCAGUACAAUGUUUCUGUAGUCAUUGGGUUGCAUCAAGGGGAGUUGUAUGGUUCUUUUUUUGGCACAUCUGCAUGCAUUAAAGCUGCUUUAGGAUGUAUCAUUCGGUUGCUUCUAGUGACUACUUAUCCCCUACAUCACGGUUUUUGAAAGACUGAAGAGAAUACAUACUGAUGUUUUAAAAUAAUUCUGAGAUAUGAUUGAUGGUGGCCUCUCACGUGCAUACAGUUUAUGUCUUUGGUCUUAUGUAAUGCACAUUGUAUGUUUGCCAAGCCCUCUAUUGACAUCACAUUUUGUAUUGUUUUUUUGUUUUAUUUCCUGUGUUUGCUGCCAAUUUGGUUGUCAAUCCCCCUUCAUUGCUUUUAAACCUGUGACACAUUUUCAAUCAGCCUCGGCUUUUGGGCAUUGUCACCCUUCAAUGGCGUUGCAUCUGAAUAGAUAGAUUCUCCUCAGGUAUUUGUUUAAAAUUCUCUCACCAAAUAGGAUGAAAGUAUUUGCAUGAAAUGCUGGAAGGCCUCCAGAGUAAACAUCGCCUCCCCCAGCGGAACCGUUGUGUUUCCUAUGAAGGACAAAUGGAGCGUUCAGAAAAUACAGCUGGAUAACUACCAACACUCGGCAAGUAAAAAAUCAGUGCUGUUUGACUGGGCUUUGUCUUUAGGGCUUAGUGGAGUAUUUGCAGGUCAUAGAGUUGGUAAGCAAUGUGGUUUCAGUGCGCUUUAGGAGGACUCUUCAUAGUUAUUCCACUGAUGCUUUCUAUGAGAAGGAGUUUGUUGGUAUCUAACCUUGCAAAAUGUUUCCAUUGACAAAUCUCUUGAUUUCUUUCAGUCUACAAUUAGAAGUCUUUUGAGGUUACCAAACAGGUCAUGGCAAGAGUACCUUUGAAUGAAGUGUGCUUUAAACGGUGUCAAGAAUUAACUGUAUUUAUUACUUGUUGUUUUGUUUAAAUUGUGCAAGUGCAGUACUUUUGGUUUUGUUUGUCAUGUUUCGUUGAUGAGUGAAAUGGCUUGGCCUGAUGAUUUCUGUUGUAUUGUUAAACUCUGAAAUAUUAAAUUGACCUUGUCUUUCACUGAA